AUGAAGCUCGUCAACCUUGUUGCUACUACUCUAUCCCUCUGUGCCGCUUCUCAGCCGCUUGCAAGCACCAAAUCGAAGUCGAGCGAUGUCUGGAUCGGCUUGAACUUGAAUCAAUGUCUCACCAAUGCCAGCACCAUCCCCCUGCCGAAUCUGGCGGCUCAGCAAGAUACAGCUCGGGCGGUCAUAGAAGCCUACAAUGCCUGGGACAUCGACGACAUCAUGGCCUAUCGGUCGCCCGAUUGCAAGCACCGUGUGCUACCGGCCUCUAUGAACCGGGCUGCCAAGAGCAACGCUGAAUAUCGCGCGUACCUCAGCGCCAUCAUGCCUCUGUACUCCAACUUUACCGUCGAUGUGAAGGAAGAGAUCCACGAUGCUGCGACGCGUACAUGUAUCAUACACGCGUCUAGCAAGGCGGAAACGAAGAUUGGGCCCUACGCGAACGAAUAUGCGUUGAUCUUGACCUUUACGGAAGACGGCAGGAAAGUGAUCAAGUUCGACGAGUUUGUCGACUCAGCGUACUCUCAGCAGUUUGUUGCAGCGCUGGCGAAGGCGGAGCCCGCUCAGUAA